AUGAUUGACAAAUGACAAUGAUUCUUGAGCCUGAUCGUUUAGGGGCGAUUAAGGCCAUUCGCAGUCAUGUCAUGAUGAACUCUCUUCUUGAUUUAAUUGUUAAUGAUUGUAGAUAUUUGUUUAGUUUCAUUAGGAUUUUUUGUUUUCCAUAUCCAACCAAAGAGAAGAUGGAAAGAUGCCAUGUUUAGGCAUUUUUGUUUGAUACUGUAUUUCUUUUUAUUCCAAUAAUAAUUUGUUUAGACUUUCGGUUUGCUCUUAAAAUAAAUAACAAUAUUGUUAAAUUAAAAAAAUACAUAAAUAACAAUAAUGAUAAAUAGUGUCAUUGUCUACGGUGACGGCUCGUGGGUCAGUCAGUUCACUAGGGUUGAUUCUAUCUUUGCUGCUACAAGCAAUCGCUGCCAUUUCUGGGUUUAUAGUAUCCUAAAUCCUAAUGGGCGUGCUUGAUAUUUACAGUGCUUCCUCUAAUUGCUUCUUCAGAACCAGUUCCAGUCACACACCACUAACACCAGGCUCUGCUAUUCUCGGGAACAAGAACAGGGUCGUUUCCAUGGCGUCCGUACAGCCUGUGGAGCACCAAGUCAACGACGGCCAACAUCAAGUCACUGGAGACUCUUUUAUUCGACCCCAUUUCAGAAAAUUGUCUCCUUAUCAACCCAUUUUACCUUUCGAGGUUUUAUCAUCCCAACUUGGAAGGAAGCCUGAAGAUAUAAUCAAACUAGAUGCUAAUGAAAACCCAUAUGGUCCUCCCCCGGAGGUUUUUGAGGCUUUGGGUUCAUUAAAAUUUCCUUAUAUCUAUCCUGACCCUGAAAGUCGUCGGCUACGUGCUGCCCUUGCUGAGGAUUCGGGCCUUGAAGCUAAAUACAUACUGGUGGGAUGUGGUGCAGAUGAAUUAAUUGAUUUGAUUAUGCGGUGCGUGCUUGAUCCUGGUGACAAGAUUGUAGACUGUCCUCCAACUUUUACCAUGUAUGAAUUUGAUGCUGCCGUUAAUGCUGCAGGUGUCAUCAAAGUUCCGAGGAAAUCUGAUUUUAGCCUAGAUUUGGAACUCAUUAAAGAUGCAGUUGAAAAGGAGAAACCCAAAUGCAUAUUUCUAACAUCUCCUAACAAUCCAGAUGGGAGUAUAAUUAGUGAUGAUGAUCUCUUGAAGAUCCUCAAGCUUCCCGUGUUGGUGAUCCUUGAUGAAGCAUACGUUGAGUUUUCCACAAUUGAGUCCAGGAUGCAAUGGGUGAAGAAGCAUGAGAACUUAAUUGUUCUUCGAACAUUCAGCAAAAGAGCUGGUUUAGCUGGAUUACGUGUAGGAUAUGGUGCUUUUCCAUUGAGCAUUAUUGAGUAUCUUUGGAGAGCAAAACAACCCUACAACGUCUCUGUUGCCGCUGAAGUUUCUGCUUGUGCAGCGUUGAAGAAUCCUACCUAUUUAGAGAAUGUGAAAGAUGCUUUACUAAAAGAACGUGAGAGGCUGUACAACCUUCUCGAAGACGUGCCUUUUCUAAACCCAUUUCCAAGCCAUUCUAAUUUUAUUCUCUGCAAGGUUACAUCUGGGAUGGAUGCGAAGAAGCUAAAGGAGGACCUUGCCAAAAUAGGAGUGAUGAUCCGUCAUUACAACAGCAAAGAACUAAAGGGGUUCGUUCGUGUAUCUGUUGGGAAGCCUGAACACACUGAUAUUUUGAUGGAUUGCCUUAGACGGUUCUAUUAAUCCAUUGCCUGUUUUAAGCUUUAAGUUUUUUUCUUGUUCUCCUUUGCUCUAAAGAAGAAGCAGAACCUUCAUUCAAAUUGAACCAGUUGAAUUGAAUAAAAUUGAACCAUGUUUGUGGUGGUCUGUGUACUACUUUGGUUGAAGCUAGGUUAUAUAUGCUCUAUUCACCUCAAUUUGUGUAAUUUAGUGAAAUUGGUUAACUAGGUGUUGUAAUGUCAAGUGUGCAGUGGCCAAACCUUAUUAUUGUUA